CAGUUACCAAACACUUCCUGGUUAAAAAGUUAGUUAAAGACACUCUGCAUAAGAUGACUGCCCGGACAUCGGUCUUGAAAGAGUUCUUUGCAUUUAAGCGUCGAAGGGAGAGGGAAGGCGCAAUAAGAUUGGGAGAUUUGCCUUGAAGAAAUCUUCUGGGAGAGGGUUAUCAAGUGACAGCAAGUGACAGCAGAGAGCAAACAACCCACUCAGGAACUCCAACAAAAUAUCUGGGAGGCCCAGAGAUGGAGCUGUGACCUGAAAUGUCAUGCCCUUCAAGCGAGGAAACCAGCUAGGCCCAGCUUUGACCCUCGCCUCAACUGAUUCAUCACAGACGCACAGCCACACAGGAGGUGUAUUCAUUUCACACAAAGACUGACCGACAAAUGACGCCAUUGCCUAAGGCAGAGUGUGAGCGGACGGGCCUGGGGUCUGCGAGGCUCUGCUGCUUUCUCAGCCUGUAAAGUGUGCCAAGCUGAGCUGAGCAGUGCUGCGCUGUGCUGAGCUGAGCUGGGCUGCCUGUGUGUCUCAGAGCCUGACUCACACAGCUGAGAGGUACAAAGAGAGAGAGAGAGAGAGAGCGCCACAGUCAUGAGGCUUCCCCUUCUAUCGACUCCCCAGCAUUACCCCUGAGGUGUGCCUCAUCCUGGUGCCAGAUCAGCAGCUCACAAUGGAAGUGAAGAGAUGAUCCUGCAGCGAGCAGCCCUGUCCCUGCAGUUCCUGCCACUGGACUUUUACUGAUUCUUACUCUCAGAAGACGAUGCCCCUGUCUCCCAGAUAGCACUUCUGAGGACAAGGCCUUCACAGCACGCAUCGUGCACCAUGGCAGGAGAGACUCAGCAACUGCAUGCUGUCAAAGAGCUGGACACUGAGUCCAAACUGCAGGAUGUGGGGACGGCGCUGGAACAGCAGAGUGACAAAACCACAAAGGAGUCUUCAGAGCACUUUGCAAGUACAGGCACUGAGACCAGAGCCAGCAGCAGUGAGGCCAAAGUUGAAAAACUAGAGAAGCAAAGGGACUGUCCUCAGCAGCGUGAAGCUGUCAUCCGGCCACAGCAGGCAGGAAAGAUUGACUUCAGGUCACUUCAGAACAGAUCAAAGUUUUCCAGUGACAGGACUUGGUCAAGCGGUAAAGGCAGCCCCCAGUCCCCGAGUGGAAAGGGCCGCAGCCGGGAGAGGGGGAAAAGGUCGGGGAAAACGGAGCGUGGCAACCCCCAGCAGCUGUACAGACUGAGCAUUACAAAUCCUCGCUCCAACCCCAACAUUGGUAUCGCCUACCCACAACAGAAGGUUUUACCACCCAAGAAAUUGGAGACCAGUCGUGGCCCAGUCUCGGGCAGCUACAGAUUCCACGUUCCCAGUGUACCAGAGAGGGAGGCUGAACUACAACAAGAAGAGCUCAACUAUAGCCGGUGCUUCCAAGAAGCCCCCUCUAACCUCACCUCCCCAAGCUAUACCUCACAGGCACUAGUUUCCUCAAGUGGAACGUCAUCCCACCAACAUCCAUCCCUGUCACAGCAGCAGCAGGCUGCAUCAAUGGAGGACAACAAUGCACAGCCUGGCAGUCAGCUGAUUCUGACUGACUUUCAGCUCAGCGGCUCCAACACAUGGCAGUCUCCUGAAAGGACUUUUAAUGGUGCUAAUUUUGGGGUGUCGUCCCAAAAAUCCACUGCCCUUACAGAAGCUAAUAAAGCAAGUGCGUUUGUGCCUGGUCAGUUUCAGUAUGGAUAUCACUUCCUGGAGGAAUCAACCUCUGACUCUUUUCCAUGUGAACAGAAAUCUCAAGACUUUACAGACUCAUCCCUCGGUUCUGUUCAUGUGUCCCACAACUCUUUUUCCUUUACAUCUGGAGAAGGGCAAAGCAUUGCUCAGAAUGGCUCUCAGUUCAUGAAUAAGCAGCAGCCAGAGGAUAGAAACUCUUACUCUCAGCCAUCACAGUCUCAAUUCAUUCAAGGGGUAUCAUCCUCCAUACAGUGUCCCAGAAAUUUGAGCGAGGACUCGGCGAGCAGUGACAGUUCUGGCUCCAGCUCACAGCAGUCAGAGCAGGGGAAGGCUGUCCCACCUGAGAGCACAGAAGCUAUGGGGCAGGGAGAGAGUAGGGAUGCAGCCAUUACCUCUGGAAAUAAGAGGAACUCUCACUCAAAAGACACAGCUGCCAGCCAAAGACUCAUUCAAGGGAGUGUGCACCAUCCAAGAAAUAUUUCACAAGGUCCCGCCUCCCAAAUGCACUUUUCUAGCAAAUCUUUCAACAGCCUUCCUGUCAGUAACAUUCACACAGGCUCAGUACCCUUUGACAAAAACAUCAAUAAUAAGGUUUUAAAUAGGCUACCUCACUCCUGGGAUGGACCUAGUAAGACAUACACAACAGUCGAUCAAAACACGAUCCAGUACACUGAUAUGAAUGACAAGUUUCAGUUUCAGAACCAGCAGCCACCCUCUAAAAAUAACAGAAUGCCCUGGCAACAAAUACGGCCAACUGCACCCAUGCCGGCCCAAAAUAGAAUCGAGCUAUCAAGGCAAAUAAGCAAUCAAAAACUGUCUUACAUGGUUUCUCCAUCUGACUGGCAGGAUGACAGUAAAUCACAUAAACACAGCUCCCUGAAAAACCAAAGCUCAUACCUGAAUGGCAGAACGAGUGAUGGAUUUUCAAACAAAAGACAAGAGACUGUAAAACACAACAGUAACACCGUCUCAACUUUUAAAGUCGAGAUGAGCCAUGCACAAGUUUGUGAGUCCAAAAACAAGGCAGUAUAUUAUGGACUAAACCAAUCUCUUCCAGCGCCAUCAUCGAGAAACUACAACUACCCUCCACUGCAGGUCCCACCCAUGGGACUUAUGAUGGUGUCCCCUUAUGAAUCCCCUCUGCCCUCGCCAGUCCAUAACGCUGCAUCAAGUAGCACCUGCUCUUCCCUUUCUCCUGCAUCCACCAGUCCGGUUAACAUCAGCUCAGAGGAUAGUCAAAUGUCAAAGUCAGCAACCCCUCACUCGUUUUAUCACCAGCCUAAAACGCAAAUACCGACAGAUCACAUGAGCUCCCACCCUCACCAGUUUCACUCUGAUGCUCCACGAAGCCAUCCCUAUGCACCAGACAGAGCCAAAGACAACAUGAUGAGCUACCUACAAAACAGCACACAUCCAAAGACUCCCAUGGAUGGUAACAAAGGUUACGUAGACAGUUUUGGGGUGGAGCAUCACCAGCCUCCGCCGCCGUACUCUGCACAUCAGCUGUUAGCAACCUCACUAGCCACAGCAAAUCUGGACCAGUUAGACGUGCUUCUAACAUGCAAGCAGUGUGAUCAGAAUUUCAACAACCUGGCUUCCUUUCUAGGCCAUAAGCAAUACUGCGCUCACCAUACAUUUGCACAAAAUGACUUAAAAGACAUAUCAAAGAUGGAGGAAAGCAAGAAGUUUCAAGCAGAAACGACAAAAGUAGUGGCAUCUGCGCCAAAUGUUUCGAUGUCAAGGUGCCCCUCUGACCUUCACCUGUCUCUGCUGGGUCUCAAUAAAAAUGGGGAUCUGAUAUCUGAUGGGGAAGCAAAAGGAGACAGUAAGGAUGAUCAAAUGAAACUCAACUUGUUUUCAGGUCCUGUCCCCCUCCCUGAGCUGGAAAUGGAGGACGCCAAGUUAGACAGCCUAAUCACAGAGGCCCUGAACGGAUAUCAAUCAGACAAUGCAGAGAUUGACAGCAGCUUUAUUGAUGCGUUUGCUGAUGAUGACCUUACCACUGUUAAAGCAACAUCAAACAAACAAUGUCUGAAAACCAAGGAAUCCCUGGUAUAUGAGAGCAAAAACAAACAAACAGCAGAGGAUGCCAGGUCUUUCACGCAGGGGAAGUAUUUCUAUGACUCAGACACUGAGAGCCCUGAGAUGGAUAAACACUAUGCAGAGAGCAAACUUGAGAAAAUAACUCUGAAUUUAGAAAAAGAUGACAAAAUCAACAUCAAAAAGGAAGUCUCUCAUAAAAAUUCAAGAAGUGCCUCAAGGGAGAAGACGAGGGAACAAGACGGCAAAGUGAAAGAGGCGAGAAAACUGUGCAAGGGUGAGGAAGAGAACACGAGCACACAGAGGUUUCUCUUAUCUAGCAAGUUUUCCGAGCGUUGUGGCGUUAAAAGCAUUCAGGAAAGCACUGCACUUCGAGGGUCAACACCUUCACAGCCCUCUGCAUCUCCAACCUCAAGAACGGCAGUGAAAGACAGCAAGAGGAAAAGCACCGGAGGGGGAACCUGGAGCAAGGAACUUAUUCACAAAAUAGUUCAGCAGAAAAAUAAGCUCCACAAACUUCACGUUAAAGGUACCAAAAACCUGCAGUUUUCCUUAGUGAUGGAGAGACUGACUCCCACUGUGCAGAACCCCGCGUUUGGAGAAUAUGACUACGUCUCAGACACAGAUGAUGAAUGUGAGCCUGUAAAGAUAGCAAGCCAAGGGCGGCUGAAUCAGAGCAGCCGCUGUAAAUACACGUACACCAAAGAGUGCAAAUGGCGAGCAAGGAGUGAGCGGGACCAGGCAGCAUGGAGGCAUGAGUCAAAGGAGUGUUUUGAGGUGAAAAAAAGUGAAGAGGUUUCUCUUUCACCUGAGAAACACCAGAGACUCAGGAGGAGGGGAAGCAGGUCAUCCACGAGUAGUGAGCUCAGCACAUCUGUGAGUGUUUCAAGCGACUGUAUCAGCAGCCCCAAAAGCACUGACCGCACUGACUCAGACUGUGAGAAGAAGACAGAAAUCAAAAAGAAAGAGUCCCCAGAGCAAAGAACCUAUGAAAGGUCUUCCCCGCAGAAGUUAUCCAAAGAAUCAAGCACACUAGCACUGACGUUCACUAAAUCUGUCAAGAAGUACAACACUGACAAAGCAGUUUCUUCUGAUGGCAGAGGCAGUGCGGAGGAUUCAAAGAAGUUUCAUUCAAAUCUAGAAGGUGCUGUUCCAGUGACAUCCUUGCAAAAAUCAAACAAAAAUACUGAAAAAAGCAGCCGCACAAAAUCAAGAGAGAAGCAAGAGUCCAACAGGAAAGAGACAGUCAUUUCAGACAAAGACACCACACAGAGAACACACAGUCUAAACCCUAAAGUAGAAUCAGAUAAAAAGUCGCUACAGCUGGAUUCAAACACUCCCCUGAUCAACAAAGAAAGUGAGAGCAGCAUAGACAGAAACACAAAAGGUAAAAGAAGAGAGUCGCCCCACGCCACGCAGUCUGAAGUAUCUGACAAUGGCACAUCAGAAAAACAGAGCAACAGCGUCUGCGCUGUGAAAGAGGUAAUAACCUUAUGCAACAAACUAGACACACAAAAGCCUGCAACUCUUUGCGCCUCUUUGAUGGAUGGGGUGUGUCUCUCUUCUACUGAUAGCCAAGGCCCACUGAUACAAAAAGACACCCUCCACCUCAUGCCUUACCCCCUGGAUCAGGAACAAGGUCUCAUGAAGUCCCCGCUUUCUUUUGACACAUCGUCAAUGUUCGGCGACCUCGGAGGAUUCGACAGUGGCCUUUAUUCAGAUAUGCCCAUUCAGAAAGAGGGUUUCCACUCAUUAGAGAGCACGGAUGAUAAAAAGGAGGAGUUCGUGUCGUCCUUCUCUCCCUUUCUGGAACAAAGAGACUGGAACCUUAUAGUGAGCCCUGUGCUACCAGAUGAGAUCUCUCAGUACAAAGGCAACUCUGAAAAAUCAAAUGAAAAGAAACCAGAUUACAAUCACGUUCCUUUGUCUCUGCCAGAGAAAAUAAUUGACUAUGGUGCAAAUCUGAACAGCUGUGCAUCAGAGGAUGAGCUUGAGAUAAAAAGAAUAGUGAAUGAGCUUGAAAACCAGCUGCAAACAACCAAGCUGGAAAGCCCACCCUUACUAGCACAGGAUGUCCCCAAGCAGCUGCAGAUGAGCAAGUUUUCACCUUUACGCCUCAGCGAUGAGUCAGGGAGUGAAAGCAAUAGUCUGGAUAUGAGGUGCCCUGUGCAAACAAUGGAUGUACCUGUUACAAGCUUACCAUCAGAGCCUUUCACCGAACCGUGGGCUAGCCCGUUCCAGUUCGAGCUCAUGGGGGGACACAGCAGUCCCCACAAUCCCAUUCACAAUGAAGCAGGGUCACUUGAACAUUUUACUGAAAAGGGACCAGAUUUGAUCGCAGCAGCCUCGCAAGUUGUUCAGCGUGACCAGAAAUCAGAGGAGCAAAAAGCUGAUAAAAAGACUAAUGGGGAAACAAAGGAAGACAUUUUAGAACAGAAGAGAUAUACAGAAAACCUCAUGAGAAGCCUGGAAGUGAUUUCAGACUCUAUAUUCAAAAGGGAUGCCAUUAUAUCAGAACACAAGGAGCCGAAAGUCACCUCUCUCACAAGUCAACAACAUCAAGAAAUUGAAUGUCAGGAAACUGAUGCAGUUGAGAGAGAAGAGGGCAGCGAAAGGGAAGCAAUUACUGGGAAGGAGAAUACAUUAUCACCUCCAAAUAUCAAUGAGCGGAAGGAUGAUAUUAAAUUCUCUCUGAAUGAGUCACAGCCGUCUUUCUCUAACAGCACUGACCCCUCAGUCGAUGGAAACCAGCCAGUUUUAUCGCAGCCAAGGGAGCCCACAGAAAACAAUGAUAGCAGAGAGGAGACUAAAGUCACAUUAGAAGAAGAUAUGGCAGAGAAGGGUAAUUUAAUUGAGUCCACUCAUUGUUUAACUUUGGCGACACCUGACCUACAUGUGGCUGAUGGGAACAGUAACAUAACUGACAACAUUAAACAGUUAUAUAACAGUCCAGACCAUUCAAACAUGGAUGCUUAUGAGGUGGCAGAGGCAGUGAAGGGAAUCACUAGUCAAUCUGAAAGCCAUCCUUUAUCCCCAGUUCUACCUGGCGCUGGUCUGGACAGAGCUAAGAAUGGGAUCAAACCACUUGAGGAAGAAUCCCCUAAAGAUCCUGAUUCAGCAAGUGCUGGUGAAGUGAAAGUGGGGUGCUUAGAAGGUGUAACGCAGGAAGUAACUGUUGAAAGGGAUCAUUUGCUGGAAUCAUCUCCUAACACCUACAACACAAGUCCAACAGCUAGCAUGUCAGUGGAAAUGGUCACUUCAGACAAGCCUUGCAGCCCCAUACUGGUGGAAACCAAAGCAGACAUCAAUAGUGACUGCUCAGCCAUUCAAGACAGUCAGCAUAUUCAGUCAUUUGCUUCACAGUCUGACGUCACCAAACACAACUCCCUCAAAGCUACAUCCCUGGGCCCCUCAUUUAAACCUGAAACCAGUCUGCCCUUUGAGACCAUUCAGAAGCACGAAGAGCUUUUAAAUGUUCAGGAUAUCAAAGAGCAUCUUCCCAUUGAUUUCAUGGCAAGUCAACAUAACUCACCAUGCAGAGAGGAGGUGGAAGACAGCAACUGUCUUUUUGCACCUACUGCACCACCAGCCAGUCCUCUUUUACCAGCCUCUCACCAAGAUCAUGUGCAGAAAUGGGUCAUAGAGGAGGGCUCCCAAAGUAAGAACAGUAACAUGCACCAAAGCCCUGUUCAAGAAAUGAAAUCCCCAGUAAACAAAGAAGAAGGAAAAGAGGGUCUCGACAACCCUGAACCACUGGAUACAACAGCUGCAAUGGAGUACUCUCUGAUAAGUCCACCUCCUCUGGAUUUGGGAAUUGAGUGUAAAAUCCCAACCUCAGAAAUCCCAAUCCCCUCUCCACUGCCAGUCACCACAUCAGCAGAUCAACCAGGAGUACCAGAUGAACUCGAAAAGAGGGAUCUAGUUUAUGAUUUCAAGCUCAGCCCCCUCAACUAUGACAGCAUCACAGACGAACCUCCUCAACUUAACCAGUACAACUACAUACCAAUCUCACCAGCUGGUAAACUGGAGGAGAAUUCAAACAUCAAGCAGAGUCCCAGACAUGACUGUGAACCGUGUGUCCUGAGCGUCGACCCUGCACUGAUUUUUAACAAAAGUGACACAGAAACAGCGACGUCACUGAACUCAGACCAUGCAGCUAAACUGACUCUGUCAGAUGAACCGCUUAUCCUCCAGCAGAGUUUGGAUUUUACCUGUUUCUCAUUGGGUCUCCCACCUGAAAUCAAAGGAAAAGACUCUUCAGCUGGUGCUCCAGUUGAGCCUUUUGAGACUGUCAUCCCAGAAAAGGUGGAAGCAGACUCUUUGGAUUCUCUCAUGGCUGCUACUGAGGACAGAAAAAAUAUCUCAGAUUGUUCACCCAUCCCAAAGCCACUCAUCAACUGUGAAAAUGAACUGAUGAUUCUUGCACCAGACCCGACAGAGAAACCGACAAUAACAGAGUCUGGCUCGUGCUCAACAACACACCAAGUUACCAAAGAAACAGCACAGAAAAAGACACAAAAUAUCUCUCAGCAGGGGAAAGAGAUGUGUGAAAUCUGCCUUAUGUGUUUCAGAACUGUGCCGGGGUUAAAGAGACAUAAAGCCAUGAAACAUUUGGUCAGGACUGAAAAACACAUUGGCUCACAGAGCACAACAUCAAGCCGCCAAGGGACUGUGCUUAUUUAUGAAGCAUCACAAACUACAGAGAAGGAGCAUAAAGAUGAUUCACGGACCUGUUACCCAACAAAAAUAGACGGGCUGCCUGAGACAACAAGCACUCUCAUAUCUAAAGCAGCAGAAACUGAGUCAGUCCUGGAGGAAACGGCAUCUGAGACAAGUGCAGUGGCAGUGGAUGAAACAGGCCACCAGAACCCUGUGCUGCCAAUGAAAGCAAAGAAGAACAAGGCUAGGAAGAACAAAAAUACUGAGGCAAGCAUAAAGCCAGACCCUUUCUCUGAUGAGCUUUUGAAUAUAUUAAAAACAGACAUACUUCAAGCUAUAACUCCUGAAUUCAAAAGCAGUGGACUACAAGAGCAGCACAAAUCCCCCGAGGAACAGGUGGAAAUAAAUGACAGAGCUGUUUGUGGAACAGAGACAUUCUCUCACCAUGUCACUUUGAGCUCUAGCUUUGUCACAAAACUUCAGUCUCCAACAGAAGGACUGAAUGUGCUUCAUGAAGCUGCGAGGCCUCAUCAAAUCACCGAUGGACCAGAAAACAAAUCCACAAGCAUGACAGAGAUGGCAAAUGGGGAAGUAUGUACAGAAAGUGUUAUACCUGUAGACAAGGAUGCAAUCAAAGAGUGUGAGAAGUCAACAAUGGCUCUGGAAGACAUGUGUGAACAGAAAAGAUCAGAAGAGAUCUUCGCCCAAGAGAUUCUCAGAAAAGUGACAGUGGAGAUAAAAAGUGAGAACAGCAGCGGCCCUUCAGACGAGGUACAUCCUCUCCCCUGUUUGAAUCCGUCCCCUCUCAGUCCUCCCAGCUUGAGUACUGAUCUGAAGUCCCUGCUCGAUGACGACACCACGUUCUCACAGCUGUUCCCCAGAGACGACGAGGCAAAAAGGAAAAAGUGCCCGAGGGUUUACAGCAAAAAAAGUAAAAGGCAGAAACUAUCGCCUGACUCGAAUGUGACUCCUCCGUCAGAAAGUUUUAUGCAAAAUAAAGAUCAAUACAUGGAAAACCAAGCCAAGCCAGCGUUCAAUGACAGUCCGAGUAAGAGCUGUGAAUAUGAGAGCACUCCGAUUGAUAAUGCUGUCAUGUUGAAUAUGUGUCAGGACACCAUAUUGAAGUCUGAUGACAAGCUGCUGUCAGACGUUCAACAAAAGGAUGUUUGUGAGAACGUUAAAAUGUUUGGCAACUGUGUCUUAGAUCCUCUAGACAGCACCAUUGAUAAAUCUUCAAUUGAAUGGAGUGGCUCCAGUGACUUCAGCAGCUUUGACAGAGGCUCAGCAGCGCCCUCCAACCCCAGCGCCUGUAAACCAGAAGUACCCAUUUCUCCCGUACCCUCCACCCCCUACUCUGCAGAGCCAGAGAACAUCCAAACUUUCAACAGCAUUGACAUCCAGAACAUCAACACCACGUUUCAGCUCCCUGAGAUUCAGUUCUUUGACUCCAGUAAAGACAUAUCUGUGGCUCCACCUGUUGCAACUGUUGAGGAGGAAAACAGAGAAGAAGAAAGAUCUGACAAAGUCAGUGAGCGGCGAGGCAGCAAACGGCAAGAUGGAAGAAUAAAGGUCAAAGAUAAGCAGUACAAAUGCAAAGUGUGCUUCACUUGGUUCCUCACCCUGGGCGAGCUGAACUUUCACAAACUCUCCCACAAUCCCUCUCCACCUCCAACCUGCUACAUGUGCGUCCAACGCAAGUUCAGCUCCAGGGAGCAGCUGAGAGACCAUCUGAGGGAGAAACACGCUAAGAACAAGACGGGUAUCUGGACCUGUGGAAUGUGCUUGAAGGAGAUAUCAGAUGUGUGGAUGUAUAAUGAACAUCUGCGAGAGCAUGCCACUCAGUUCGCCCGGAGGGGUCAGACACAAGGCUCCAUGUUAGGUAUUUCAGGCUGUUUCAUGCAGGAGACAGCCGUGAAGAACUUUAUCACCUCCAUUAUGCAGCACCGCCCGAGCAAAGCCAGCAGAGAGUCCAGCAAAGCCACUAAAGAGCAAGAAAAAGCUGCUGCAGAAGGCACUGUGGGAGGAGGAAAAACCUCAGAGGGGGCUGAGCCAAAAUUUCACAAAACUAAAAGUAGCAGCGGAGCAGGUGGGAAGCAAAGCACAUUAACCCCGCUCGAGGUCCUCCACAAAACCGAGACUCCUAAAAGUGUUGAAAUGCAUCCAAACUGCAAAGACCCGUCUAGAGAUUGCCACCACUGUGGGAAACAAUUCCCCAAACCGUUUAAACUCCAGAGACACUUGGUGGUUCACAACUUGGAAAAGAUUUUCCUGUGUCACAAAUGCCCCAUCUCUUAUCAGGAGGCCCAGGAGCUGAAAAGUCACCUGAAGAGAGCACACGAGGAGGUGGAUGAGCUGGAUUCGAAACAUACCACGCUCUACACCUGUGAGCUCUGCGCUGAUGUCAUGCAUGUGAUUAAAAAAUCCUUCAUCUGCAGCACCUGUAACUACACCUUCUCCAAGAAGGAGCAGUUUGAUCGUCACAUGGAGAAGCAUCUUUCGGGUGGGAACAAAAUCUUCAAAUUCCGAGGCGUUCUCAGACCAGUCAAAGCAUCUGCGCCCAAAGAAGACGAAUGUGACUCUCCAGCAAGCAAGAAGAGGAGAAUUCUUUCUGACAGUCUGCAGGAAAAUAGCUCCGACAGCGGCAUCGCCAGCGUCAGCUCACUGCACCUGAGUCAAAACUCUGAAACACAAUCUUCAAAAGCCUCCGUGUCCACAGCGGACGACUCUACACAGACCAUCGCCAACGAAUACCACAGUGACACAAACAGUCCUAAUGUGAAGACUGAAGAUAUUGCUGAGGAUUACUCUGAGCUGCUCGUAGAGCUGGAGAAAUGUAUUCAUAGCGGCUCUUCAGAGACUGCUUCACCAAAGAAAGAGGAAAUUGACUCAAACACCUCACCUAUUCUUGAUAAAGAAGAAAAUGGAAAAUCAAUGGCUGAACCGUGUGAUGUGAAAGAGGAAGAUGAGUCAGUCUGCAUUAGAGCAGAGGCAUCCUCAUGGUCAGUGUCAAAAGAGAGUAAUUGUGAGGGGGAGGAGGUUGUUAAAGUUAAAGAAGGCACAGAUGAAAGUGACACAGCUGAGACAGAAAAAGCAGGUUCACUACCUCCCAGUGAGGACUGUUUUGUCAGCUUAAGAGAAAAUCAAACCAUCUCAAAGACACCUGAGUCAGUGAAGAAUGAAAUAUCUGCUGAUGUGACAGAGCAGAGGGAUGAUGAGCAUCACACGACUAAAGCUUCAAAUAAUGACAGCAAACAGCUGUCUUUAUCUCAAGGUGCUGAGCAGGAAUGUAGCAGUCUCAUGAAAGACAAAGUCACCCCAGCUAAAACAGCCGACAACGCCAAAAACUGCACUGCAAAGGCUCCAGAAUCGACGCCCAUCCUCCACUCCAAGUCUUCCCCCAACGCUUCAGUGUCUACUGAGGACAAAGAAUCCAUGAGACCACAGAAGAAGAGGAAAGACGUCAAACCCCCUCACAGCCUGCAGAGGGUUUCCUCUCCAGCAACACAAGAGAACUUCAGCAUUGAUUCUAGAGCCAAAAAGAAACAUCGACCAAACAAGUGUGCAAAUUCCUCUCUGCAAAGGAAGUCAGACGGACCCAACGACUACCCCGUGCUUUCCUCAGUGCGGGAUGACGUUGUCAGCAACAAAAUUGUCUCCAAGUGUAAGACUUCAAACCUGGCCUUGCAGUCGAAAAGAAGCUUGCUGGAAGGCUGUAAGAAAGCUGAGAUUGUGUCCAAUCUUAACGGGGACUACAAAGCCAAGAAGGGACCUUUUGGGCGGCCUUUGCAUCCCCCCAUUUCUAAAGUGACUUCAGUUCCAAUGAACAAUUCUUUGAACAAAUCUCGGCCAAAAAUGGGGGUGCGGUCAGUGGAGAGCCAUUCCUACAGGACAGCAGAGUCCCAGAACCACCUUCUAAGCCAGCUGUUUGGCCAAAAACUCACAAGCUUUAAGAUUCCUCUAAGGAAGGACACGUCAGAAUCGAUUAACUGAGCGGGUCGAGAUGGAUCUGUGAAUAAAGGACUGUAUAUUUCACAGUUAUAAAUGUUUUAAAUGAUUCAUUAUGGUGAAUGAGAUUGCACAGCUCUUUUCUGUGAAAUGCUAUCUUUAAAUACUUACGUAGUCACUUUAUGUCUUCUUUGUACGUGUUUUUAUGACACAAAUGUGAGGACGAAUGGCAGAUAUGAAUUUAUGGGUCAAAGAUGAAUAUGCUAGUUGGGAAAAUCAUAGAAUUUUUUUUCUUUGUUGGAUAGUAUCCAUUUCAGAGAUUAUAUUUCAUUUACCUUAAAGACAGAAAAAAAAGAAUACUUGAAAAUACAGUAAAAUAUUCUCUUUUAAGAAAUGCAUGUUUAUUUUGCAUUCAUGACAUGUAAGUUACAGACUUUCUGCUAAAGGACCAAAUGACAUCAUAACUGACCUGGACUAUUGUCUGUGCACCUUCCGUACAUGCUUCAUACUCCUUUUGUAUUAUUUUUUAACUUUACUGUAAUGCAUUGACAUUCAUCAUAUUAGCCUUUUGUAUAAACAUUACCUGGUGCUACAUUGUAUUUUAUUGUAAUGUGAAUGCCAAUGUCCUCGGAAGGGAACAUGAGAUCUGUAGCAAUUACAGUACAUUCAUCCAACUGUUUUUACUGGUUCUCUGUUGUUUCAAAUACUGUGUAAACCAUCCAAGUACUUCAUAUGUAGGCCGACAGAAGAUUAGGAAAACUUCCAUUGUAUAAACUCAGGUGCAUACAAGGACGUCACAGUCCAAAGACCUGUAUUCGGAGUUCUUCCCAUGCACUGAUAAUACCACACACAAUUCACAAACUCAAUCAUCUGUGUCUGUAACUCCAACUGUUUAAUUAUGAUGAGUAUUUACUAGGACAACAAAGGUGCUUUAUCUUGUUUAUACUGUAUGUAUCUUGUUUUGUAUAAAAGUGUAGGUAGGAUAUUGGAUUAUUUGGUGUAAUGCUUCAUGUCAAAGUUUUAUUUUAAUAAUGUGCAAAGAGAAUCAGAAUGAGAAGAAAGGAAACUGCAGUGCCUUUGCAAGAUGUAAAGCGGUGCCUCUUUUAUAGACGGUAAAUAAAGAUAUGA